GCAUCCGCAGCGUGGACUCGUCCACUCUCCCUUCUACGUCCAUAACGCCAGGUAACACGAGAGGUGUCGUGGAAGGAGCAGGAGCGUUUACCAAUGGUACUUGGUACAACUGCUGGUUGCCAAACUCCGCCGUGACAUGAUUGGCAGAACCAGUUGGCUUUUAAGACAUGUGCCGGUGCCAUGGUCACUGCUGGUGUUUUCCUUGGACCUGUAGCCUCAUGUUUGGACACCUCUUUUCACAACACAAUGAGCCCAUUGAUGUGGAUUGUGAUGAUGCUCAUUUUGUCUCAGGCCUCUGGCACUAGUGGUUUGGUUUGGAAAGCUGAUUACCCGAAAGUUGUUUUUACCAAAUUGGGAGAAGAUGUGACCAUACCAUGCAAUGUUACCUAUCCCCCGUCCCAAUCUAAAGAGCCUAUCCAAGCCUACUGGAAACGCUGGGGAAAUACUAAACUAAACAUCAAUGAUAAUGACAAGAAUGAAUUCCUCUAUCACCCCAACAACACAUUCGUCAUCAAGAGUUUUCAAACCAGGACCAACCUGACAGGAAAUAUCACACAGGGAAACUGCUCCCUGAAGGUCAAUAUAAUUCAACAUGGCGACAUUGGGCACUUCUACUACUUGAGAAUUGCCACUGGAGCCGACAACUUCAGUUUUAAUAAAGACCUUGUCUCCAUUCAAAUAUCUGGAACCUCCGGGACUAUUUCAACGAUACCAAAGGACAUGUCAAACACAGUUGAUUCCUCAACUACAGUCCCACUAGCCACCACAAAAUACGCGCCAUCCACGGCCACAUAUAUUGCCACCACGGUCCCAGUGGUUGCAGUUCUACUGGUUGCUGUAUUGGGGAUUGUUUGGUUCUUCAAGUACAGGAAAAGGUCCAGGGGUGUCACUAAGCAAGAGUCUGGAUAUUAUGCUAAUUUCACCAUGACAACUCCAACGACCAAACCUGAAAGAGUCAAUACUACAAAGAAGAAAGAUGACACCCAAGUUCCUCCUCCAAAGGUCAUUGAUGAGCCCGUCUAUGGCAACGUCCAGGGUCCAGACGAUCCGAUGGACAGUAUGGAUCAAAUGGACAGUGUAUAUGCAAAUGUGGAUCAUGCAAAACAGUGAUGAAGCUGCAUCUCAGAUAUCAGCACUGCUUAAUAAUGCUUGUUGAAUGUGUGUGUGUGUGUGACAUGUUAUAUCUGGUAAAAGACAAUAUCAUUAUUAUUAUUAUUUUUUUUUUCAUCUUUGAAAUGCAAGCAAAAGGCCAGAAUGUAUUAUUCCAGCUUAGGCACAAUUUUGGCCACUAAAUGUGCAAAGCUUUAGACUGAUCCAAUGAACCAUUGCAUUUAUGUUCAAAAUGUUGUAUCAAGUCUGUCCAAACGUACCUAAUUGGUUUAUUAAUACAUUUUCAAGUUCAUAACUGUGCACUCUCCUCAAACAAUAGCAUGGUAUUCUGUGCAGUUAGAUGAACAAGAAUUUAAGCUUUCUGCCCAUAUCAGAUAUGUCUGUCCUUGUCACACCCUGAUCUUUUCACCUGUCCUUGUGCCUGUCUCCACCCCACUCCAGGUGUCACCCAUCUUUCCUGCUAUCCCCUGUGUUUUUAUACCUGUGUUGUCUGUCUGUCUGUGCCAGUUCGCCUUGUUUGCCAAGUCAACCAGCGUUUUUCUCUGAGCUCCUGUUUUUCCCAUUCUGUUUUUCUCUCAACCUCAUGGUUCUGACCCUUGUCUGUCCUGACUUUGAGCACGCCUGCCUGAACAUUCUGCCUGACCAUGACCCCGAGCCUGCCUGCCGCCCUGUGCCAUUUUGGACACUGACCUGGUUAGGAACUGUUCCCAACCUUCCAUUUGCCUGAACCUUGGACUAUAAUAAAUGUCACAGCUCAAAC